AUGGCAUCAGUGCAGAUGCCGGGCGCGGUCCAGAUGCCGGGCGCGCCAAUGCCUGCCGGCGCGACCAAGCAACAGGCCGAAGAGGUCUUUCGGAAACUCAAACAAAUGAAGGAACAAGGCGUUCCGCCCACUGAUCCCGAGUACAUCAAGGCUUCCCAGUUCUUGAUGAGUUUCCAACAGCAACACAACAUGCGACGAAACCAGGCACAGUACAUCCAAGCCCAGCAACAGAUGCAACAGAAUGCGCAGAACGCUCAGAACAGCGCUGCUCAUGCCCCCAAUGGCAGCCUCAACGGCGUUCAGCCCAGCCAUCCGCAACAGAACAUGCCCCAGACGACGCAGGCCGCCCUGCCCAACGCCGCCGGAGCGACGACUGCGACGCCUACUCUGAAUGGCCCUGCUGCCGCUGCUCCCAGCGUCCCUACGCCGUCAGGCUCGAGCUCGUCAUCGAGUCACUUCACCCAAAAGCAACUUGCCUUGCUGAGGCAGCAGAUCCAUGCCUUCAAGCUCCUCGGCAAGAAUGCCGGCAUCUCCACGCAGCUUCAGCAGGCCAUCUUCCAGCAGCGCCUGCAGCGCCAGGCCGCCAUCACAGCCUCUGCUCAAGCUCCUGCCCCGGCAAAGACUCCCCAGCCCGGCUCCGAUGCUGGAAAGUCUACCCCAAACGGCGUUGAGUCUGCCCCUCAAGACGAUGCGCUUGCGCUUCCCAAGGCCCAUACCUAUAAGACUGUCAAAUCACCAUACGGCACUGGCAUGAUCCGACCGUCUAUCAAGUAUUUCGACCAUGCGCAGAGGAAGAACCGAUGGUUCAUCCCCGGCGUCUUCCCGACGGGCAUCGAUUUCGACCACCUGCGAUAUGAGCGAGAAGUCGUCGUCUUCAACCGCAUGAGCCAGCGGUACUCGGAGCUGAAGAACUUGCCCGCCAACAUUGCCCACUGGGACACUACCAAGGAGGAUGUCGAGGUCGACGAUUCCGUCAAGGUCAAGGCCGUCAUCGAGAUGAAGAGCCUGGCCCUCUACGCCAAGCAGCGGGCCCUUCGCGAGAAGAUUGCUCGCCAGAUGAUGCACUAUGACAACCUGGCAAUGACAACCAACCGGUCAAACUACCGCCGCAUGAAGAAGCAGAAUGUCCGCGAGGCUCGCAUUACCGAGAAGCUCGAGAAGCAGCAGCGUGAUGCCCGCGAAAACCGCGAAAAGAAGAAGCACUCUGACUUCCUCCGAGCCAUCCACAACCACCGCGCCGAGAUCAUUGAGAACGCGGUCGCGCAGAAGAACAAGUCGCACAAGCUUAGCAGACUCAUGUACUCGCAUCACUUCAACAUCGAGAAGGAAGAACAGAAGCGCAUCGAGAGGACGGCCAAGCAGCGUCUGCAGGCCCUCAAGGCUAACGACGAGGAGGCCUAUCUCAAGCUGCUCGACCAGGCCAAGGACACUCGUAUCACACACCUGCUCAAGCAAACCGAUGGCUUCUUGCACCAGCUGGCGUCAUCGGUCAAGGCCCAACAGCGGCAAGCGGCCGAGACCUACGGCACCGACGCGGGCACCUUUGUCGACGAAGAGAGCGAGCUUGACGAAGAAGACAGCGGGAAGAAGAUUGACUACUACGCCGUCGCUCACCGCAUUCGUGAAGAGGUUACCAAGCAGGCUAGCAUCCUGGUUGGAGGCACGUUGAAGGAGUACCAAAUCAAGGGUCUCCAGUGGAUGAUCUCCCUAUACAACAACAACCUCAAUGGUAUCCUCGCAGAUGAAAUGGGUCUCGGAAAGACGAUCCAGACCAUCAGUCUGAUUACCUACCUGAUCGAGCAGAAGCAGCAGAGCGGCCCGUACCUGGUGAUUGUGCCGCUGAGUACCCUUACCAACUGGAACCUCGAGUUCGAGAAGUGGGCCCCGUCCGUGGCCCGCGUCGUGUACAAGGGUCCUCCCAACACCCGCAAGCUGCAGCAGGAGAAGAUUCGCCAGGGACGGUUCCAGGUGCUGCUGACGACGUACGAGUACAUCAUCAAGGAUCGACCGAUUCUCAGCAAGAUCAAGUGGUUCCACAUGAUCAUCGACGAAGGUCACCGUAUGAAGAACACGCAGUCCAAGCUCAGCGCAACCAUUCAGCAGUACUACACCACGCGCUUCCGUCUCAUUCUCACGGGUACUCCCCUCCAGAACAACCUGUCCGAGCUGUGGGCCAUGCUCAACUUUGUCCUGCCAAACAUCUUCAAGUCGGUCAAGACAUUUGACGAGUGGUUCAACACUCCCUUUGCCAACACCGGUGGCCAGGACAAGAUGGAGCUCACGGAAGAAGAGCAGAUCCUCGUCAUUCGACGCCUGCACAAGGUCCUGCGACCCUUCCUGCUGCGUCGUCUGAAGAAGGACGUCGAGAAGGACUUGCCCGACAAGACGGAAAAGGUCAUCAAGUGCAAGUUCUCGGCACUGCAGUCCAAGCUCUACAAGCAGAUGGUGACGCACAACAAGCUGGUUGUCAGCGACGGCAAGGGUGGCAAGACUGGUGCUCGCGGCUUGAGCAACAUGAUUAUGCAGCUGCGAAAGCUUUGCAACCACCCGUUUGUGUUUGACAUUGUCGAAAACGUCAUGAACCCUCUCAACAUCAGCAACGACCUGCUCUGGAGAACGGCGGGCAAGUUCGAGCUGCUGGACCGGAUUCUGCCAAAGUACAAGGCAACCGGCCAUCGCGUGCUGAUGUUCUUCCAGAUGACGGCCAUUAUGGACAUUAUGGAGGACUAUCUCCGUUACCGCAACUACAAGUAUCUGCGUCUAGAUGGUACAACCAAGUCCGAUGAGCGAUCCGACCUCCUCCGGGACUUCAACGCGCCCAACUCAGAAUACUUCUUGUUCUUGCUGUCCACCCGUGCCGGUGGUUUGGGUCUGAACUUGCAAACGGCCGACACGGUCAUCAUCUACGACUCUGACUGGAAUCCCCACCAGGAUUUGCAGGCCCAGGAUCGUGCCCACCGUAUCGGCCAGAAGAACGAGGUGCGAAUUCUGCGUCUUAUCAGCUCCAACUCGGUCGAGGAGAAGAUCCUGGAGCGCGCCAGAUUCAAGCUGGACAUGGACGGCAAAGUCAUUCAGGCAGGUCGUUUUGACAACAAGUCCUCCGAGACGGACCGUGAUGCCAUGCUUCGAACUCUGCUGGAAACUGCCGACAUGGCCGAGUCUGGCGAGCAAGAAGAAAUGGAGGACGAGGAACUCAACCUGUUGCUUGCCCGUAACGACGAAGAGCUUGUCACAUUCCAAAAGUUGGACGAAGAGAGACAAAAGGAUCCCAUCUAUGGCGGUCCCAAGGGCAAGCCUCGACUGAUGGCCGAAGACGAAUUGCCCGAAAUCUAUCUCAACGAAGGCAACCCCAUCUCGGACGAUGCCGAAGAGGUCAUUCUUGGUCGUGGCGCUCGCGAGCGUACCAAGGUCAAGUACGACGAUGGCCUGACGGAAGAACAGUGGUUGAUGGCCGUGGAUGACGAUGAGGAUAGUCCAGAGGCGGCCGCGGCGCGUAAACAGGCCCGCAAAGACAAGAGAGAGGCCAACAAGCUCAGAAAGUCACUGCUGGCAAAUUCCAUGGACAAUUCGCCAUCAGCCAGCAGGGCGAGCACGGAGGAGGUUGAGACGCCAAAGAAGAGAGGCCGCAAGCCUGGCAGCAAGGUCGAGAAGCGAAAGGCAGAAGAGGAUGACGAGCAGCCUCCUCCCAAGAAGCGACGCGGGCCUCAGGGACGCCCCAGCAAGAACGCCGCCCGUGAAGAUUCUCGCGUGCCACCUCAACAUCGGGAGGUGCUUCAAAAGAGCCUGCGAGCACUCUACGACGGUCUGAUGAACUUGGAAGUGGACGAUAUCGAGCCUCCGGCAGAGGACGACGAAUCUGAUGCUGGCAAGCGACUCAUCAUCGGACCCUUUGUCAAGCUCCCCCCGAAGCGCGAUUAUGCCGACUACUACGUGAUCAUCCAAAACCCCAUCUGCAUGAACCACAUUCACACGCGGAUCAAGAAGGAGGAGUACAACUGUCUAAGCGAUCUUCGCAAAGACUUUGAGCUGCUGAUACGCAACUGCCAAACCUACAAUGAAGACGGAAGCAUCCUGUAUCAGGAUGCGAAGACGAUGGAGGAAUUCUUCAACCAAAAGUAUCAAGAGGAGCUGGACGCCCACCCGGAGCUUCUUGAGCUGGAAGAGGGCGGCAAGGCAGGAUCAGCAGCGCCUUCAGGCAACGGAAACACUCCGCAGCCGAGCGGCACGCGCAUCAAGAUCAUUUCCAGUGCAGCACGAGAAGCCAACGGGGCACGUUCUGCCGCCCAAAGUGAUGAAGAUUGA